AUGGCGGAUUGGGAAUUUUCGGCGGGUGGGCUGCAGGUCGUUGGAUUUUAUGGGGGCUUCUGCGGGCCGGGCUGGAAGACGAAAUACCCCGAGAUGUUCUCUAUUCUACGGAUUAAUCUCUUCCCAUUGCAACGCCUCGAUGAGACACACGUCUAUCGCAAUUGGGAGUUGGUCAAGACAACGUCUUACAAAGAUACGGCCGGUGGUGGUGCCCAUCAUGGGGACGCAAGCCUCAGCACUGGUUUGACGGUUGAUUCUCUACGCUUCACUUCCACUUCACCGACUUUCCCAUACAACCAGCUCGCCGUGUAUCCCCAACACGAGCCAGAGAGGAUGCACGCCGGGCCUGAUACAUUUGUAUCUUCUUUCAACGGCCUGGCUAAGCCAGCCAGCCAAAGUGCUCACACUGGCAGCAGAGCCGCGCAUCGGGAUCGUCCGUCCAAGCUUUCCUGUUCACUCCAUCACUUGUUUCCCCCUUACAUCGUACCUUACUCAAGACUAUGGAGCCCCAGCCCCCUGAGCACAGCCUCUCCCCAGGCGUGGACCAGCGCAGGAUGCCAUGCUGGGAAACAUGAAACACGCAGGAGCCAAUCAGGUCCAAUACUUCCCCUGAAUAAGGACCAAAAAUGCCAACCGACGAGCAUCAACCUCCCACGCAUCACCGCUACUACUGCUACCAUUCGUAUAUGCUGCAUUAAGGUCACUCAGGCCAACCGCCUGCACCUCAGCCAUCCUGUUAACGCGGGCGGCUCGGACAAUUACAUCAGGAUCUGCGUAUUGCUCUCGCCCUUAAUGAGAGUUUAG